UGGGUUGCCAGCAACCACCACAGCGGAUGAAUGUGUGCCGCUAUUGGCUGGUGGGAUCCAUUUAAUCACCCAUGACUACUACAGGAUCCACCCCCAUACUCCUCCCCCUCAUUCUGCCUGCUCUGACAGCAUCCAAACACAGUGUGCUGCCUCUGUUCCAGGGAGAAUAUCAGCUCAGCACAGGGAGGAGAGGAUUAACGCCACCACACAUCUCAUCUGCAUACAUGUUCCGACGGCGUCACAUUAGAAUCCGAGGCAUUUUUGCUCAAAAACAAUUGUCUCCUGUUCUUCCUCUGACUGCUAUACCAGGACUCUUCUGGUUUGGACUCACCGUAUAAACAAUAACGUUAUUUGGCUUGCUUUAAGUAUCAGGGAGCUUCUUCAUGCUUGGACCUCGAGAUUGUGUCUUCACCUGAGCCGGAGGACGGCUGAGCCUAGGAUGCCAUCCAAAGAGCCCUACGAGGCUCACAAGGAAGAAACGUCCCUGGUUCAAAGGGCUAAACGAGAGGCCAACCAGGAGGAGAUUUUGGCAGCCGCCCUGGGGAUGAGGAUGGGGCCCGAAAAACCUUCCGCCACAUUCUGGCAGCCACUUAAACUCUUUGCCUAUUCGCAGCUCACCUCUCUGGUCCGUAGAGCCUCGCUGAAGGAAACCGAGCGGCCAAUAUCCGAGAAAGACCAUAACUUCAAGGUCCAUACCUUCCGAGGGCCUCGCUGGUGUGACCACUGUGCCAGUUUCAUGUGGGGGCUGAUGGCUCAGGGGGUCAAAUGUGCAGACUGCGGCGUGAACGUCCACAAACAAUGUUCACCUCUGGUUCCCGACAACUGCAAACCGAGUCUGAGACACAUCCGGAAAGUGUAUAGCUGCGACCUCACCACCUUGGUCAAUGCCCACAACACGGCGCGGCCCAUGGUUGUGGACAUGUGCAUACGAGAGAUUGAGUCAAGAGGACUGAAAUCCGAAGGCCUCUACAGAAUAUCAGGAUUCAGUGACUCUGUGGAGGAAGUGAAGAUGGCGUUUGACAAAGCUGGCGAGAAGACAGACAUCUCAGUGAAAGCAUACGAAGACAUCAACAUCAUCACGGGCGCUCUGAAGCUCUACCUCAGGGAUUUGCCCGUCCCGGUCAUCUCAUACAACGCGUACCCCAGGUUCAUCGAGGCCGCAAAGCUGACAGACCCGGACAAGAAGCUUGAAGCUUUCCGAGAGGCGCUUGCUAUGCUGCCCUUGUCACACAAUGAAACACUCAAGUAUCUCAUGGCGCACUUGAAAAGGGUGACCCAAAACGAGAAGUACAACCUGAUGAACGCUGAGAACCUGGCCAUUGUUUUCGGGCCCACCCUCAUGCGUACUCCAGAUCUUGACGCCAUGACUGCGCUCAAUGACAUUCGCUACCAGAGGCAGGUGGUGGAGGUGCUCAUUAAAAAUGUAGACGCGCUCUUCUGAACUCACUUCAAGACGAGCUGCUUAUGGACAGGCCCUUAAACCUGCUUUUUUUGUUCAGAAAAAAGAUUUGAAUGAAUUAAUUCAUUUUUUUAAAUGUCCCUUUUAUGGACUCUUCUAUCAUGCACUAGGUUUAGAUCAUGACCUUAAACUCCCUUACAUCCUUACACAUUGUACUUUAUGCCUCCCCAUUUUUGUCGGGGGAUUUGUGUAAAGCUGACAUACCAGCAUGCAUCGGUGCUUUGUGGCUCAGCAUGUGGAAAGUUUGUCUUGCCGUGAUUCAUUUCUUUGUUCUGUGUUGUGAUAGAUAUAGUUCACGUUUCCAUCUGACUAGAGUGCUGUCAUUUCUUCAAACAUUGUAUAAAUUCAACUCAAAAUAAGCUACUGAUUUUUUUGCGGAGGCAGCAGAAGUACUUUUUACAAUGUCUUAUUUUUGUAUGACCUCUUUGUUGAAUGAGCCUUUCAGACUUUUCCUGUCAAUGUACAAACUGGUGCAUUUGCCUGACUUGUUGUACUGUAAACAGCAUUAUUUGUGAAUUAAUUUUGUACCGUCAUUUGUACUCAACUUGUGCAUGAAUCAGUUUAAUUGAUUAAACUGAUAAAAUACGGUUUUGUG